AUGAAAACCAGAUGCUAUAUUAUUUUUCUAUUUUUAUUUUUGGCUCCAUUGAUUGAAUCUAGAACUGGUCUCGAUUUUAUUCAAGCCGUUGAUAUUGAUACAUUUACAUGUCUUCAUCAAAUCGGAAUAAGUUUUGUAAUUCCUCGAGUUUAUACAAAUUUGGGAUAUGUUGAUCAAGUUGGUAUAAAUAAUAUAAUAAAUGCUCAUGCUGGUGGAAUUCGUUAUAUUGAUGCAUAUUUAUUCCCAUGUGUUAUUUCUGGUUGUCCAAGUACAGAAACACAAGUUGGUUCUGUUAUUGAUAAAAUAUCACAAGCUGGAACAACAUUCGGAACUCUUUGGCUUGAUACUGAAAGAUUGAAUUGGCCAAAUGAUAAAGUUAGAAAUCAACAACUUAUUGAACAACUUGUUGCGGCAGCAAAGAAAAGGAAUAGAAGUGUUGGAAUAUUUACAAAUUAUUAUAAUUGGGAAUCAAUUGUUGGAUUAGAUUAUGAAGGACAAUGGAAUCUUGCACUUUGGUGGAAUCAAUAUGAUUCAACUCGUGAUUUUUCAAAUUAUAAACCAUUUGGAGGUUGGAUUCAACCAAGUAUUCAUCAAUUUAAUUUUACUAGAAAUGGACCUUGUGGGUUAACAACUGAUAUUAAUUAUAGUCCAUAG